GUGACAAAUAUAUGCAGGGCAUGUAUGUGUACAGAUGGAGCAAUGAAACCGAUGUUUAUAUCUGAAAAUCUAACACCAGCCUUAGCUAAUAUGCUUAUGUCUUGUACAAAUAUCCCAAUUUCUGAAUUAGAUGGGUUGCCUGGACAAAUUUGCGAAGGAUGUGAAGGUUUCAUUACACUCUGCUUUUUUGUUUAAUCAACAAUGUGAAAGAUCUGAUGUAGAAUUGAGAAAAGUGUUUGGAAAUACGGAGAAUGUUGUAGAAGAUAAACAAAUCAAGGAUGAGCCUAUCACAGAACCUAUUGAUUUCGAUUUACUAAAACCUAAAAUCGAAAUUGAAAUGGAUGCUGAAGAAUUCUUAGAAGGUGUGGAAGCCACCGAUGAUUUGGAAGAAACAGAACUGGAAAUUCCCCAUAGGCGCAGGGGCAGAAAAAAAUUAACCAAUGAUUUUCCUUGCGAUAACUGUGGAAAAAUCUUUGAUAAGCUUUAUCGUUUGCAAAGGCAUUUAAAUGUUCAUAAUUCAGAAGGAAAACCUUUUGAGUGCACAAUAUGUUAUCAACGUUUUGUUAGAGAAGAUUUAUUGAUAAGACAUAGAAUAAAACAUUCAGAAUUAAUGUCUAAAAAUUUCAAUUCUGAAGAUAUAAAAGAAAUAUAUAAGUGCUCAGAGUGUGAUAGAGUAUUCAGGAAGCAGGAGUCUCUUUCAGCACACAUGCAAAAGCACAAAAAUGAAGAACCUCAGAGUUAUGAAUGUACCGAGUGCGAAAGAACUUUUACUAAAGCAAGCCAUUUAUCACGGCAUAUGAAAAUACAUGGCAAUGUUAAGCCUCAUAAAUGUCAGUUGUGCCCAAAAUCAUUUGCUCUUGGUGGUCAACUAAUAGAUCAUAUGAAUAAACAUAAUGGUAUUAAGCCACAUGUUUGCCCAGAGUGUGGAAAAGGUUUUCAGCAAUCUUGUACUUUAAAAGAUCAUUUACGAACGCACAGUGGGGAGGCGCCAUUCCUAUGCUCUGAAUGCGGUAAAGCUUUUAAUAACAGCAGUAACUUACGACAACAUUUAGUUCGACAUUCAGGUUUAAAGCCUUUUGCAUGUUCACAGUGUCCAUCACGAUUUGCAAGCAAAGGGGGCUUAACAUCACACGAAGUUACACAUACAGGUGCUAAACCUUAUAUUGUGAUACAUGCGGCUCAGGUUUUACAAAACCCUAUAGUCUUGUUAAGCAUAAACGUAUUCAUACAGGAGAGAAACCUUAUGCAUGUGAAGUAUGUUCGAUGA